GUGGGGGGGGGGAAUCACGUUGUGCACUUCAUUUACGUCGGAUCCACUUCUUUGUUAAAGAAAUGCCCAUGAGAUUUAUUCAACAUACAUCGCACAAUGGGUUUUAAGAAGCUCUCUCUACUUCUGUUGCCAUCAAUGAAGACUCAUUGAUCUGACCGUUCCCAGUGUAAACCAGCUCUUGCUCGCCUUCCCACUACAGCAACUGGUUACGCCAGAAUGGAGGACACUUACAAUAACAGGACUUCCCUGGUUAAAGGGGCCAAGGAUAUGGUCAAGGAGGCAAAGCGGCAGGCGACCAAGAAGGUCAACAAGGUGGUGGACCGUGCCGCAGAUGAAUAUUCAUCCCAGCACAACUAUUCACGAUUCCAGGACGAUGCGGACGACGAUGAGGAUUUCUACAGGAAUCCGCCUCGGCAAGAUGGCGAGGGUUACCACGACAUUGACGAGGGCUCCAGCGACGCCACCGAGGGCCACGACGACGAGGACGAGAUCUAUGAGGGCGAGUACCAGGGGGUCCCCUCCACGGGCGACAGGAAGCAUAAGGAGGGCCAAGUGGCCCUGGGGCAACCGACGUCGGACGCGGUGAGGGACAGAAAGGAGCUGGAUCAGGAACGACAGGCGGACGAGGAGGAGCUGGCACAGCAGUACGAGCUCAUCAUCCAAGAGUGCGGCCACGGGAGGUUCCAGUGGCAGCUGUUCCUGGUGCUCGGACUGGCCCUCAUGUCGGACGGCGUCGAGGUCUUCGUGGUGGGCUUUGUGCUUCCCAGCGCCGAAACAGACAUGUGUGCGCCCGAUUCCAGCUCAGGAUGGCUCGGGAGCGUCGUUUACCUGGGGAUGAUGCUGGGAGCGUUCUUUUGGGGAGGAAUGUCCGACAAAGUGGGCCGCAGACAGUGCCUCCUCGUUUGCAUGUCCACCAACGGCUUCUUCGCCUUCCUGUCGUCUUUUGUCCAGGGAUACGGCGUCUUCCUUGUUUGCCGCCUCGCCGCCGGGUUCGGGAUAGGAGGUGCAGUGCCCAUUGUUUUCUCUUUCUUUGCAGAGGUUUUGUCGAGGGAGAAAAGAGGCGAACACCUGAGCUGGCUCUGUAUGUUUUGGAUGAUUGGCGAGAUCUACGCAUCUGCCAUGGCGUGGGCCAUUAUCCCGCAUUAUGGAUGGAGUUUCAGCAUGGGUUCAGCAUACCAGUUCCACAGUUGGAGAGUGUUUGUGGUGGUCUGUGCCCUACCUUGCGUGUGUGCUGUGGUCGCACUGACCUUCAUGCCUGAAAGCCCAAGAUUUUAUCUUGAGGUGGGGAAGCACGACGAAGCCUGGAUGAUCCUCAAACAAAUCCACGACACCAACAUGAGAGCGCGUGGGCAACCGGAGAAAGUCUUCAGCGUUAACAGGAUAAAGAUCCCAAAGCAGCUCGAUGAGUUGGUCGAAUUGAAGUCCGAAUCCGGAAAUCCGGUUUCCAAGGCUGUCUUUCGGCUGAAGGCUGAAAUCCAUGGGAUCUAUUUGAAUCUCAUGAAGUGUUUCAACUACCCGAUGCGAGAAAAUAUGAUGCGACUCGCCACGGUGUGGUUCACGCUGUCUUUCGGGUAUUAUGGUCUGUCUGUCUGGUUCCCCGAUGUCAUCAAACACCUCCAGGCAGACGAAUAUGCCUCCAAAGUGCAAAUCCACAACAGCGAACGCAUUGAAGACUUCGCCUUCAACUUUACUCUGGAGAACCAGAUACACAAAAAUGGACUUUUCAUCAAUGAUCGAUUCAUCAACAUGAAACUCAAAUCCGUCACCUUUGUGGACUCAACGUUUCGUAACUGCUACUUUGAUGAUGUCACAUCGGUGGGAUCCUAUUUCCAUAACUGCACUUUUAUCGAUGCGUUCUUCUUCAAUACAGACAUCGACGACUCUAAGCUGAUCGAUGGCACUGAGGUGGUCAACAGCACUUUCGCACAUAACAAGACGGGAUGCCAGAUGACAUUUGAUGACGAUUACAGCGCCUACUGGGUUUACUUCAUCAACUUCUUGGGAACGUUGGCCGUUCUACCUGGGAACAUCGUGUCCGCUCUUCUCAUGGAUAAAACGGGACGUCUGUCCAUGUUAGGUGGCUCCAUGGUGUUGUCAGGCAUCAGCUGCUUCUUUUUGUGGUUCGGCACCAGCGAGUCCAUGAUGAUUUUCAUGCUGUGCCUUUAUAACGGCUUGAGUAUCUCCGCCUGGAACUCCCUUGACGUGGUCACAACUGAAUCUUUCCCGACCGCCCGCAGAGGAACUGGCUUUGGAUUCUGCAAUGCCCUUUGUAAGCUGGCUGCAGUCUUGGGAAACCUGAUUUUCGGUUCUCUGGUUGGCAUCACGAAGGCCAUCCCCAUCCUGAUGGCAUCGUCAGUUCUCGUGGGGGGAGGUCUGGUCGGCCUCCGGUUGCCUGAUACCAGGGCGAAUGUCCUCAUGUAACACCAGCUUCGCCAGACUACAACCUAGAAAAAACAUGGAGCUUGAAGGGGAUAACAGAUCAUGGGGGGCAAGUGGCUUGGAUCAUACAUGCAGUGGAUAUCAAAAGUCUACACCCCCUGUUCAAAAAAUAAAUAAAUAAAUAAAUAAAUAAAUAAAAAUCACACACUUGAAAUCUGCCGAACGCAUUUGGGAAAAUGUCUUUCGCUCCAAUGAAAGCAAAGGUUGAACUUUCUGCCCAUUACUCCAAAGGGCAUGCUUGGCACAAAUGCAGCACUGCUCAUCACCAAAAGAACAACAUACACACAGUUGGUGGCAGCAGCGUCCUUUGUCUCGGGCACUGUUUUUUUUUUUUUAGUUGGACCUGGAGCCUUUGUCAAGGUGGAGGGAAUUGUGAACAGUUCCAAAUACUGGAAAGGGUUUGUACAAAACCUUGAGGCUUUUGAGCUUAUUUGAGUUUAAUUUGGGUUUACUCGGAGGCACUUUAAAUGGUGCAAUUUGUGUGCUGACUCCCAUUGAAUGGGAUUGGUUAAUUCUGAACACAGCCACACCCCCAAUUACUCUAAGAGGGUGUGCACACUCGUUCAACCACAGUAUCUCAGUUGUUUAUUUUUACUAUCCCCACUCUAAGAUAUUUGAAAACCUGACAUUUUACCAGGGGUGUGUAGACUUUUUUUUAAAAAUAUCCACUGUAUCUUAAAUGUAUUAAUCAUAUCGAGCUUAUUAGUAAAGCAGUGCAGCAAUUUAAGCAUACCGGUCAACAGUACCAGAUUCUUCGCAAUUUAAUUAGCAAUUGUGCGUAUAUUUUACGUGGAGAUUUUGCAAAACAAGGCUGAUAGUCGCACACGUUUCCUACGAAAACUUUGGUUUCAUUUUGCUUUGGGAGGGAUCCCAGUUGCAGCCAGCAUCUUCUAUGGUGUUAUCGCCUGCCUUAAACUCAAGGCUUUUAAUAUUGAUAGUCUUAUUAAGAGGAGCCAGAUGGGGAGAAAAGUGCAAAACAAGCCGUAAUGAGCUCAGCCAACCGGCUGUGUGAUAACGGAGGGAAUCAAUGAUCAGACGGAGCGGACACACGACGCAAAUGCACGGCAGCUGGUUUUGCUGCAAACAUCACAACAUGUUGCAGAUGGUCAGGCGUAGUGCAGACAGGUGCGAUGGAAAAAUUCCUGAAAGCUCACACAUAGACACACGUUCAGCUUGGACUGCACCCAGCAUUUGCUUACAUACUCUAUUGGGAACUUCCCCAAAGUAGAUGGAGGAUACCAAGCCCUUUGUAUUGCCUACCAACAUAAAAUAAAAAAAUGCCAUACUAAAAAAAAAACAAAUCAAAUGAAUGAUUGAGCCAUACAUUGAAACCAAGCCUUGUCCCCUUCAUAUUGUUCUAUCACUCUAUAAAAAACAAUAAUCCAAAAAAUAACCUCAGCGCUCUUCCUCUGAUUUUGCUUUAUGUGGCUCGCUUGAGUAACCAACCUACGAUAAUGACUCAAAACAAAUACUGAAUGCCUUUUGAAACGUGCCUCUCCUGAGCUGGAGCAGUCUACCCGUCGUCAUGUGGUACCCUGAGGUUGCAGGACAGAAACUAUAAAUAUAUAGAAAAUAUAUAUAUCAUAUUAUUAUCAUAUUUCUGCGAAUAUAUGUGAAAUACUGUAUGAGGAGUCAAUUCCAAUUCAGUUUGUUCUCACCUGUCCCUUUCUUUAGACAUUAUUAUAUACAUGGACAUUUCUAUUUUUGUUGAAAAAUUAUUUUUCAAAAAUUCAAAUAGCAAUUUACGUCUUUAUGCAAUUAUUAUGCCCUACGAUUGGCUGGCAACCAGUUCAGGGUGUACCCCGCCUCCUCCCCGACGAUGGCUGGCAUAGGCUUAUUAUUAUUUACUACGAGUAAUAUACCAUUAGAACAAUGCAAAAUGAAACAACAAUGCAACCAAAAUGCAAAUAAUAACACUUAUACAAAAACAUAUUACUAUCAAUAUAUUUCUAUGUAUUUGUCUAAUACCAUUACCAUUGCAAGAUAGGAAAAUGUACUUCGUUUAAUUCAUGGCCAAAACACAAGAUUAAAUUCUGUACCCCAACAUGGCGCUGUAGACAAAAAAAAAAUGUUUCAUCAUCAAGCACCAUUUUUAAUACUAUAUAUAUAUAUAUAUCCAGUAUCAGAAAUGUUAUGCCAUAGUUAGUUGCUGAUUAACCUGUUGGAGAGAAGUUAAUUUUGCAAACUUUAUUUUGCUUGAGGUAUCGGGGUAUUGGUUAAAUGUACUGUAUCUGUGUGUGAGAGUAUGUGUUUGUGUGUGUGCGCGCGCACGUGUGUCUAAGCAUGCAUGUGUUUGCAUACUAAUAGUGUGCAUUUCCGAGUGUAAAUAAUGUAUAUAAUCAAAGCUGAUAUUAGUGGCGGUGUGGGAUUAAUGUGUAUAAGCAACUUUGAUUGCAUUGUGUGCCCGCUGCUAUGUCCAUGCUGUGCAUCGCUGCGAGUCCUUGGCUUCAGAUUCCUACACAACUGCCACUCUUUCCCACUCUCUACUCUGUGUGUGUGUGUACUUGCAUGUACAAAAUCUGUUAUUGUAUGCUAUUUUUGGUUUGGUUUUGAACUCUUUCACCAGAAAACGUCGGCAAUAUCCAGAUGUUUGUUGAAGAAAAAUGUGAAUGUAUCACUCUUGUAAGUUCUGUCCAUCCAUUUCAUGGAGGUAAUCAAAUGUAUGUGGACAAUAAAGUUGUGUGUAUCAUUGUGACUAUUGGGCCCCGCCAGUCAUUGCAGCAAAUUGCUGUUUUGAGUGUGAACAUAUGUUAAGAAGUGAAAAGGUGGCAAAGGCAGUUUGUGUUGCUUUUCGAAAUAUAUACAAUAAAAAAUGAUGUUCUCUUGCAAAUGA